AGGCAGCUGGAAUACCAAGGACGGCACGAACAAGAUUCUUCGCGACUUAAGGAUCAGUCUCUCGGGAUUUUCACCAACAGUGCGUCCAACUCGAGGAACAGUGUAGCCAACUCCGCCACACGCCCAACACCAGGAACAGCUCGUCGAUUCUCUCAUGGCACAACUGCAGACCAAGGAACAGGUAAAUGACGGUCUUCGGGGGAGGCUGGAGGAACUAUCAUCUCAGACUAAAUAUGUUUCGAUGAAAAGUUGCCAGACAGAGGAGACUUACUUCUGUCCCACACCCUCUACCACAGCCCACGUCCAGACCGAUGCGACAUAUUCUACACAGAGAGAGUCUAACACGCAGACUGACGCUUCUUUACCAACGACCGAACACGUGUUGGUCCAAACGGAAGAAAAUGAUGAAUUAAAGGAUAUUUUUGCCUCAACGAGCGUGUGAUGCUCGCUUAGUAAUUGACGCCAAGACUGCUUCGACGUCGACUCAGACACAAGAAAUUAAAGAUAGAGAAAGUAAAUAUGGGUGUAUGGUGGACAUGGCAGCUCAGACUGGUGAGUUUAAGAAAGUAUUAACCAACACACAGGUUCAGUGUACUCAGAGAGAUCGAUGAAGUCGUCCCAGACGCACGCGUACACACAGAGUCGUCACAUGCAAACUCAACCACCGACAGGAUCUAGUUGUCCCUUGCCGAAGAAGAUAAGAGGAUUGUCUGUGAAUCAUCCUGUCAGGCAGCUGUAGUGAUAAGACAAACUGGCGUUCAAACUGAUCCAGUGAAUCCCCUUAGCGAGUCAGGAGAAACUGUCCACCCCGAGAUGAUCGCCUCGGCCAUUGAACCGGGCUACAAGACUUCUCUCAUGCCGUCGAGGCUCUCAUCACGGAGGCCGGUGAAGCGAGUCAGACCUCGACUCUUGAGAAGAUCAGUAAAACUAUUAUAAACCAAAUUGAUAAACUUGGAUGUAAUAUAAAUGAUUCUCUACAUCAAGCAUCAACUAUACAGUGUGAGGAGACCUGUCAGAGGUUAAGUGAAGGUUUGUCACAUAUACAAGACAUAUUGGAGGGGCAGCUAGAUACUGUGAUCAAAGUCUACAGUGAUAAUACAGCAAUAUAUUCAGGUGAUCUCAAGGGUGAUAUAACACAAGUGAGUUCAGAUAUACAAUGUAAACUGGAUCACCUAAGGAAAGAAUUAAAUGAACUCCAGUCAAGUCAGGAGUCCAGUCAGCAAGUGGUGGGGAAUAUGGCAGCUUCUAUAACAGACCUCAAGGAAACCAACGGAGAGAUUUGGACGUGCGUAUCGGACCACCGCAACGAAAGUAAAGAUUCCAGUUCUCGGGGAUUUGACGACCUGAAAGAACAGCUGGUUAGUCGCAUUAACGAACUCGUGAGGGCUGUGGAGUCCUCAGGUCGUUGUGACGAUAGCGGUGCGUCCCAGAGCCCGGUGAGAGAAAUUGUGGAUAAACUUGAAACGCUUGAAAAAUCCCUUACACUGUCGAUGGAGAAGAACUACAUCGCUAAUGACAUCUCUGGUAUACAACAAGUAGCUGAUGACAUUCUCAAGAAAAUAUAUAUCAUUGAACAGUCUCUACAGGGGGUAAAUAAUGACAUGAAGAGCGAUCAGGCAACACUAGACGAACGCAUCAACGAUAUUAACGAGAGUAAUAAACGCCUGACUCAUCUCCUCAGGUCCAGAACCUCAGAAACAAGUCUUAGUGAAGCCUUAGAGGAAAACUUCCAAAUAAUUCAAGAUCACUUCAAGGCUCCAGCAGACGUUACUCCAGAGGAUCAACGAGGUCUCCGAGCACGUCAACGUCUCGGAGGAUCAGAAGGCCGGCUAUCCAAACAGGUAAUGGAGAUGACGACUCAGAUAUCCGGUAUGCAGUCCGGUCUCCUGAGGGUACAGUCGUCGCUAGAAGCAGCCCAGAGCUCGCCGUCGUCCAGUGGGAUUAUCGACGACACUCUGAUAUCUUCCUCAGCGACUAACGAACAGGCCAUAUCGACGUUGAAAUUCCAGAACGACAGCAUAAUCAAACAACUGGAGGCCUUACAGAAUGAACUUCGCAGCACGGUGACUCAAGGACAAAUAUCAAGGGAAAGAAGAGAAGUGUGUUUGUUAAAAGAAGCAAUAAAUGAUAAGGAUAAUGAGUUGGUCUUGUUGAUAAGUGCCAAGGAAACUCUACAGGAUAAGUUAAGACAACAGACUAUGAGACUGGAAGAUAAAAGUUGUAAAGAUGAAGAACAAAAAUUGAGGAUUGAGUCUCUACAGGAAAAGUUGGAGCAUCUUGAAGGAAUCAUAAAAGAGAAGGAACAGAAGAUCCACCAGGAGGCCACCAAGAACGUUGACCAGAGCGCCGACGCUGCCAAGGCCCGGCCAGGAGAACUUCCGGCUGUCUUCUGAAAACGCUAACUCGGUGCGGUUGCUACAGGCAGAGCAGCAGCAGCGCCAGUGGCACGACGGAGAGCUACAGGUCCUCCGUGAUGCUCAAGACACGGCAGAGGCAAAGAUUCGGGAACUGAUGGAACGCCUACAGCAAGCGUCCAUGGAACGCACGCCCAUCAAGCCGAGACGACGACGACGCAGCGACGUUCAGAAGGCAACAGGAGGUGAAGAAGCUCGAGGCGGAGACAGGACGCGGAGAAUCGCUACAACGAGGAACGAACCAACCCACAG